GGGAUCUGGGGGCGAUCCCGGGGAUUUGGGGGCGAUCCCCGGGGCGGUGCCGGCGAUCGAGGGGCCGGUCCCGAAGGAGCCCCGGGGCAGCCCCUCGGUGCGGGGUCGGGGCCGGAGCCGCGGGCGGUGCCGGGGGCGGUCCCGGGGCGGAGCCGAUCCCGAUCCCGAUCCCGGUGCCGGGGCAGCGGCGGAGCCGGGGCAUGGCGGGCCUGGGCUCCCUGGAACCGGGCACCGGCCCCGGCCCCGUCCCGGCCACCCGCGUGGAGAUCACCGUGUCCUGCAGACAGCUCCUAGACCGGGACACCUUCUCCAAGUCGGACCCCCUGUGUGUGCUGUACACGCAGCGCCCGGGCAGCCACCAAUGGCGGGAGUUUGGCCGGACCGAGGUCAUCGACAAUUCCCUGAAUCCCGAUUUCCUGCGGAAGUUCGUGCUGGAUUUCUGCUUCGAGGAGCGGCAGAACCUGCGCUUCGACCUGUACGACGUGGACUCCAAGAGCCCCGACCUCUCCAAGCACGAUUUCCUGGGCCAGGCCUUCUGCACCCUGGGCGAGAUCGUGGGCGCUGCCGGCGGCCGCCUGGAGAGACCCCUCAUGAUGGGCACGACCACCCCCCACUCCCGGGGUAGAAAACCCACUCCUGCCUCUGCCAGCGGCGGAAUUCCCGGCAGGAAAUGCGGGACCAUCAUCCUCGUGGCCGAAGAGUUGGGAAACUGCCGGGACGUGGCCACGCUCCAGUUUUGUGCCAACAAGUUGGACAAGAAGGAUUUCUUUGGAAAAUCCGACCCCUUCCUGGUGUUCUACCGGAGCAACGAGGACGGGACGUUCACGCUGUGCCACCGCACCGAGGUUGUUCGGAGCUCCCUCAAUCCCGUGUGGGCGGCGUUCGCCAUCCCCGUGCGGGCCCUGUGCGGGGGGGACCCGGAACGGGCCAUCAAGGUGGAGGUGUACGACUGGGACCGGGACGGCAGCCACGACUUCAUCGGGGAGUUCCGCACGAGCCUGCGGGAGCUGGCGCGGGGCCGGAGCCCCCCCAACAUCUACGAGGUCGUGAACCCCCGCAAGAAGCUGAAGAAGAAAAAAUACCUGAACUCGGGCACGGUGACACUGCUGUCCUUCGCCGUGGAGGCCGAGCCCACCUUCCUCGACUACAUCAGGGGCGGGACGCAGCUGAACUUCACGGUGGCCAUCGACUUCACGGCGUCCAACGGGAACCCCUCUCAGCCCACGUCGCUGCACUACCUGAGCCCCUUCCAGCCCAACGCGUACUCGCUGGCCCUGCGCGCCGUCGGGGACAUCCUGCAGGACUACGACAGCGACAAACUCGUCCCCGCCCUCGGCUUCGGUGCCAAGGUCCCCCCGGACGGGCGCGUGUCCCACGAGUUCCCGCUGAACGGGGACGCCGCCAACCCGGCGUGCCAGGGCAUUUCGGGGGUGCUGGAGGCGUACCAGCGCAGCCUGCGCCGGGUGCAGCUCUACGGCCCCACCAACUUCGCCCCCGUCGUCAACCACGUCGCCCGGGCGGCGGCGGCGGUGCUGGACGGGUCUCAGUACUUCGUCCUCCUCAUCAUCACCGACGGCGUCAUCUCCGACAUGGCCCAGACCAAGGAGGCCAUCGUGAAUGCUGCCAAGCUGCCCAUGUCCAUCAUCAUCGUGGGGGUCGGCCAGGCUGAGUUCGACGCCAUGGUGGAGCUGGACGGGGAUGACAUCAGGAUCUCGUCCCGCGGGAAGGUGGCCGAGAGGGACAUCGUGCAGUUCGUGCCGUUCCGGGACUUCAUGUCGGGGGGUCCCGGCGCGGGGCUGAGCAUGGCGGGGCUGGCGCGGGAGGUCCUGGCCGAGAUCCCGGACCAGCUCCUGUCCUACAUGAAGGCGCGGGGCAUCAAACCCCCCCCGGGCCCCCCCCCGACCCACCCCAGGUCCCCCCCGAGACCCCCCCGCCCUGACCGGCCCCGCCCACCAUCCCCCGUGCACCCCCCCCGGGACUCUCUGUCCAGGCAGAGCCGGGACCAUCCUGCCCCCCCCCCAGCCCCCAAAUAGGGCCCCAACACCCCCCGGCCCCCCCGAAAUCCCCUCCGGACCCUCGAGACCCCCCCGCCCUCCCCAAACCCCCAUCCCCCCACCCACCCUGGGACCCUCUGCCCAGGUCGACCUGGGACUGGGGGGGUCCGUGUCCCCCCCCCCGCAACCUGGAGGGUCCCCCCAACCCAGGGGUCCCCCCCAACCCCUGUUCCCCCCCAUCCCCCAUAAACGACCCCUGGGGUUCCCGGGGAGGUUGGGAUGACCCCCCUCAAUAUCCAUUUGGGACCAAACCCCCUCCCCCAAAGGGGGUCCCAACGUCCCCCCCCGAGCCCCCCCGGUACCCCCUCCACCCUCACCGCGCCCCCCACAAACCCCUGUCCCCCCCACCCCACCCCGGGACCCCCCAGUCUGAGGGUGCCCCCCAACCCUUGUUUCCCCCCCCAUAAAUCACCUUCUGGGGGUCCCGGGGGGGUUGGGAUAGACUCCCCCCCACUAUCCAUUUGGGACCAUCCUGCCCCCUCCUCUCCCAAAAAGGGGGUCCCCAGCCCCCCCCCCGGGGUGCACAGACGCCCCCCCGCCCAGUGACCAACACCCCCCCCGGGUGCCCGUGCCCCCCCCGGGGGUCCCGCGGUGUCUUUGUGCCCCCCCGUGUCGUGUCCGUGGGUUUGUAUCGAGUUGCCUUAAACUGCAAUAAAUUAUCGUGGGUUCA